AUGCAGUUGAAAGGCACAGAUAUGUCCCCAAGUCCAAAUUCAUUUUUCGUUUCCAAUGUUCAAGGCAAGCAUGAGUUAGAAGAAAUCAUGCGAAGCCCCGCCGAUCCCUGUGCUGCCUUCCUCCCUCGCAGCCAGGGACGUGCCCCGGCGGACAAGCACACGGACCCACCAAGGCUGCACAGGUCUCCUCCACCACCGCCCGUGCGUUUCGCAGAACCCCGAGUGCCGCCGCGGGGCUCCCGGCUGCCGCCCCGCAGCGAGUACGGAGGCAACAGGCGACCGCCCGCGGCCGCUUCCCGCCCGAAUCACCUCAGGACCCCCGAAUCACCUCAGGGACCCCGGAGCCGCUUCCCGCCCGAAUCACCUCAGCGCCCCCCGAAUCACCUCAGGGUCCCUCGAGCCGCUUCCCGCCCGAAUCACCUCAGGGCCCCCCGAAUCACCUCAGGGUCCCUCGAAUCACCUCAGGGACCCCGGAGCCGCUUCCCGCCCGAAUCACCUCAGGGCCCCCCGAAUCACCUCAGGGCCCCCCGAAUCACCUCAGGGCCCCCCGAAUCACCUCAGGGACCCCGAAGCCGCUUCCCGCCCGAAUCACCUCAGCGCCCCCCGAAUCACCUCAGGGUCCCCCGAAUCACCUCAGGGUCCCCCGAAUCACCUCAGGGUCCCCCGAGCCGCUUCCCGCCCGAAUCACCUCAGGACCCCCGAAUCACCUCAGGGCGCCUCGAGCCGCUUCCCGCCCGAAUCACCUCAGGACCCCCGAAUCACCUCAGGACCCCCGAAUCACCUCAGGGCGCCUCGAGCCGCUUCCCGCCCGAAUCACCUCAGGACCCCCGAAUCACCUCAGGGCGCCUCGAGCCGCUUCCCGCCCGAAUCACCUCAGGACCCCCGAAUCACCUCAGGACCCCCGAAUCACCUCAGGGCGCCUCGAGCCGCUUCCCGCCCGAAUCACCUCAGCGCCCCCGGAGCCGCUUCCCGCCCGAAUCACCUCAGGACCCCCCGAAUCACCUCAGCGGCCCCCGAGCCGCCCCCGGGGCCGCUCCCCGCCGGGCUCCGCCGCCGAUGCCGCCUCAGCCCUUGCCCCGAGGGCGGCAGCCUCGCCCGCCGGGUCCCAGCGGCAGCCCACCCUUCCCGGGAAGGGCUGAAGGGGCACAGCGGCUCCCCCCACCCCCGCGGGGCCGCAGAUCGCCACCUGCCUCGCCUCAACGCGCCGCGGCGGCCGGGCACGGGGAUAAGGGCUGA